ACAUUGCUAUAAAGUAAUAAACCUACUUAUGUACACCCACGUGUGUGUCUAUCAAGCGUGUGUAUCUGUGUGUGUGUAUACAUACCGACCCGCAAACAAUUCUUUAGUGGCGCGCCAUACAGUUAUUAUCUGCACCUGAGAUAUAUAUCGCGUCAGCUCUUGCAACGCAUGUAUACGCACAUCCUAUAACCUGUCUGAAUGCGCGAACUGACGUGCCAAUCGCUAUAUUUUCAUUUGCUCUCAUCGCAUAAAGUAUUCUGGACGUAAAAUUCGAGGACUUAUAUUUCGUUUUAUUUUCUCUUUACAUAAUUAUGGAAGUUAUUCAUAUUCUCUAUAAAUAUUUAAAGGACUUGUAGAGUACGACUUAUAAGUGAAGCAAUAUAACGAAAUAUCUUCAGCUAUUUUGCCAAAGGAAACAAUUAGCUUACAUUGUUAAAGCAGCAAGACAACAGAUUCAUUAGCACGCCGGGCAAAAGAUUGCAAACCCUUCACAGAAAAUGUAGAAGCUGAAAAUACGAAUUACUAUUUUGCAUCAGCUAUCAAACGAUCUGUUGUUCACACAAAUAGCUUCUUAAAAUCUCUUCAACGCAUUGAUUUGGAUAUCAACAAUACAAAGAAAGUUUAUGAUUUCCCACAAGUGAGAGAACAGCACAUAAUUAGAGGAAACACAGCAACAAUUUAGUGGCAAGAUUGUUUAUAUGCGUGAUCAUUGAAUGUCUCAGGAGCAACGCCUGAAUAAUCAGUCAAGAAUAUAAUUCGACUUGAAAUUCUGGAAAAGAUACAAAAUCGAAAAGAUGUGCAAUACAAACCAAAAGAAAUAAAUAAAUUUAACGGCAAUGUCUGUAACAAGUGAUUACCUGAUGAAAGAGGAGAUGACAAAUACAGAUUCCAGUACAGACUGGGAAACAACUUCUCCGUCUAUACUGAGAAACACUUAUCCUUUUAUAAUUAAAAGAGAAUCAAUUGAUGAAAUUGCUGUACCUAUCCUCGGUUAUAUAGCUCCGCCUGUCGCUGUCAUCACAAUUAUUACAAACUCCCUAGUAGUGAUCGUUCUCAUGAAAAGAAACAUGAAAUCCCCUACAAACUGUGUGCUUAUUGGUAUGGCGUUAUCUGACAUGUUUACUGGAGUUAUACCUAUGCCCUUGUAUCUUUAUUUCUACGCAGCAGGCUAUUAUCAAGAUUAUGUACCAAACUGGUGUUGCAGAAUCUACCACGUAUUUACACUAUAUAUACCCACUAUAUUCCACACAGCUUCAAUCUGGUUAACCCUCACUCUGGCAAUACAGCGUUACAUAUAUAUCUGCCAUUCGUUCCGUGCACGUACUUGGUGUACUAUAAAUAACGUUAUCAAGGGAACUGUUGCUAUAUACUUCAUUGCCAUUCUUUUCCACCUUACAAGAUUUUUUGAAUAUGACUUUGAAUCAGUUGAGCUGAUGUCGUUGCUUCAUAGAAACCAAACGGUUAUUGGUUGCUAUAUUCUUCGGUCACAGUGGCUUGUCAAUUGGAUAGAUUUAUACUAUAAUGUAUAUUUCUGGUUUCGCGUGAUAUUCGUUCAUUUAAUACCGUGCACAGCGUUAGUUGUGCUCAACGGUAUGCUUAUACAUGCCAUGACACUUGCUAAGAGGCGGAGGAAAUUAUUGAUUAAACAAAACAAACGAAACGAAUCCAAAAAGAUUAAAGAUACAAAUUGCACAACUCUGAUGUUAGUUGCAGUUGUCUUUUUAUUUUUGCUGGUUGAGGUUCCCCUGGGUAUUUUAAUGAUAAUUACUAUCCUGCAGAACACGUUAAAAAUCAGCAUUUUUCCGGACAACGUUAUCUUUGUGACCAGUUCCAUAAUAAACAUGAUGAUCAUGUUAUCGUACCCAUUAAACUUCUUUAUAUAUUGUGCCAUGAGCAAACAGUUUCGAAACACAUUCAAACGCAUGUUUUGCGGCGGCCCAUUACCGAUUGAUCGAGAAAGUUCCCAAUACAUGACAUUGCCAACUGAAAACGGCAGAACAAUCGUUACUACAGAUGAAACAAAGCUUUGAAGCAAUUUUAUAUUCUGCGGACUAUUUCUAUUUGAAAGGAUAAGCCAAGAUGCAAAAUGUAGAGCUGUUAACCUGCAAGACUACAGUAGAACCAACAUAGAAGAUAGAAUACAUUCAAAAAUAAUAUCGGACAUAAGUUGUAAAAGUUUAAACACCUGAAGAUAUAUAUUAAUGCAUAAAAUAUAUUGACUAUAUAUGCGUGUGUGUGUGUGUGUGUGUGUGUAUGUGUGUGUGUGUGUGUGAGUGCUUGUGUAUGUAUAUGUGUAUGUGUAAAUAAGUCCAAGCGUAUGCACAUGUAUAAAUGCGUGUUGCUUCUGUUGGACACUUUCAAAUAUUAAAUGUCAACACACAUAACAUAUACACCACAGUGCACACUCGUUUUUAGAAGUGUUAAAGUGUCGUUGUUGCUUUUUUUAUAUAUGGCUGAAUGGUCACUUUUAUGCCCAUGUAAUGAUGUGGAUGUAACGGUCACACACGAUUUUUAUUCCUUUCUUUAAAAACGCUAACUGUAUAAUAUAUUAUAAGUAGAGACAACUAGGUAACAUAUCUACUUCAUAAAUAUACACACGUAUAGACAUGCAUACAGA